AGGUCCACAUGUCUAUUCAACAGUGAAUGAAGUUGGGGAGAUUGUCUUCCAUUGUGACACAUGCUCACAAACUUUCACAACUAAGCACCAACUUUCAAAACACAUGAGAGGUCACCAUGGUGAUAAACCUUACCGUUGUAAUCAAUGUGACCGAAGGUUCCAAUCAUUAUCUUACUGGACCCUACAUAUUAUGAAGCACAGGGGAGAAAAUCACUAUGAGUGUCAAACAUGCGGGAAUAAAUUUUGUACUAAUGGUGCAUUAGCUCAACAUGAAGAGGAAAGACAUACAGGAGUCAAGAAACUCAUGUGCAAGAUAUGCGGCAAAAAAUUUGGAAGAAUGCAUCCCUUGUCAGUGCAUGAAAGUAGUCAUGGGGACGUGAAAUCACACAAAUGUUCUAUCUGUGGAAGGGGAUUCCAACAUAAGUCAUUGAUAACCAAACACAUGUGGUACACUCAUAAGAAUUCGUUUAUGUGCCAAUCAUGUGGGGCAAGAUUUUCAAGGAAAGAUAAUCUUAAAGCUCAUGAGAGAAUCCAUACUGGUGAGAAGCCAUAUAUAUGUAAAGUUUGUGGUAAAGGAUUCGCACAGAUGGCAUCACUAAAAUGUCAUAAUAAAUCCUGUAACAAGAAUACACACCAGAUCCCUAAUAAUACAUAAAGAUUUAUGAAGAGGGUAUGUAUUUUUGAUAGGAGUACAGUAUUUAAUAUGAAAGUCAUUUUCACACUGCAGAACAUUUUGAACAAUAUGUAGUGUAGUGUGCUAAUAAUUUUUUAAUGAAAAACAUACAAAUAUCACCCAAAUUGAAUUAUGGAUAUUCAAAAGAGGACAUUUAAAUCUACAAUAUGUAAAAAAUAUCAAAUUAUCCAAAGCAGGCGUAUAACGUGCAGUAGACUGAUGAACUUUUUCUCCAAACUGAGACUAGUCUUUUACAGAAUUAUGCCAUCAGACAAUCUAUACUCUAUAGCUAAGGUACGGUUAUCAAUGCUCAAUCUCCAAAUUG